AUAGGAAAACGGUUUUACCAAUUUUCCUGAAGUCGUAUUUAAUUUUCCUACAGUGCUCUUGUUAAAAGUUAACCUAAUGAAAGGAAUAUAUAUAAUAAUCAUUGACGGAGUAUGAAUGAAUGGACCUAAAUGAUAAUUAAGUAUUGCAAAGAAUCAAAUGACGAAGUAAAUGUGCUGUGGGUAAACAAAAGCUAGUAAACAAUAAACGGCAAGAUAAUACUAGAAAGUACUUGCAAGUAUCAUAACCACAGAUAAGAGUACAAAGACCGAAAAAUGGCAGCUACAGAACCGUCAACAGGCAUAGAGCUGCUGAAGUCGAUCGACCGAGUGCUGAUCAGGGAGAAGACGGGCACAUACACCAACAAUAAGUACGUGGUGUUGACAGCUGACGGGACAGUGCUGCUGUAUGCUAAGGAGGACUCGGGGAUCCUCAACAAAGUGCUGGUCGGCAAGAGCAGGGCUUUCGAGAUUGACGUCUUUGACACCAAUGAUCUUGAGGUGAUGAAACUCCGCCACCCGUACACCGUGGGCCAGGACAAGAUGGACGUGAUGCUGUGUGGGGUGCCCGCUGCUAUAGUGAGGAAGGAGGUGACCUUCUUCAAGCCCGUGUUGGUUAUCAACGACACCAGCGACCGCCUGGUCAUCAGGGUCAAGGGCCCUGUCUCCAUAUCCGCUGAAUGCAACUUUGAGCUGUACACAAGCGACAAGAAACGCAUCGGCGACAUCAGCAAGUGUUGGAGCGGCCUGUCGCGCUCGGCCAAGAGCGACCGCGACAGCUUUGCCAUACGCUUCCCGGUCGAGCUCGACGUGCGCUACAAGGCGGCGGUCAUCGCCACCUGCUUCCUGAUAGAUUUCUUAUUCUACGAAAAUUGACGAGCG